AUUUGAACCACACAGGCCCGUAUACAACUCAUGGACUCUGAGCCUAUGGCCCAUGACCAAAACGUCGUCGUUCCAGUCGUCGUCUCCAGAAAAAUUUCCCUCAAUCUUCUCCCGUAAUUGCCACCACUGGUUAAACUUAACAAACAGUAAUCCCAGAAAAACAUAAAAAAAUCCCCCCAAAUGGAGCUAAUCGCCUCAAUUUGCCAUCCGUACAAAAACCCACUUUUUAACCCUUCUCUGAUUUUACCACCACCGCGAGUAUCCAUGGCCGUCGAUUUUAACACCGCCCAUUUCCCACUUUAUCCGCGCCCCUUUCAAAGAAUUCCGAAGAGGUCCUCCAUCGCCUAUGCGAAGAAGAAAAACGCGCAGCGUGAGCCAGUUGUGAGCCCUUCCGUUGUCGAGGAAUUGACCGUGGUUAAUGAGGACUUUCAAGAUGACAUUUUUAUCGAGGACUUUCAAGAUGAUCAACUAGUAGAUGAUGAUGGUGGUGACUUUGAGGAUGAAUAUUUAGAAGAAGAGGCUGAACCUUCAGUAGGGGAUGGAGCUGGAGGUGGUGGCAUAUCUCUAGCUGGGACGAGCUGGGAUCAAAAAGCUUUAGAUCUUGCUCAAGAAGUUACAGUCUCAUUUGAUGGCGAACUUGGUAUAUAUGCCUUUAGGACACUGCUAAAUGCCAGCAUUCAAGUUCGUAUAGAGAGGCUUACUAAUAAGUCAGGCUCUCCCAAUAUGGCAGACAUUGAAGAUUUCACUACAAGAUAUCAAGCUCGGCUUGAUGAAGCUGAAGCUACUGGAUCCAUUCCAGUGAAUAUAUAUCUCGAGGUUUCCUCGCCUGGAGUCGAGAGGGUUGUCCGAAUCCCAGAAGACUUUGAACGGUUCAAGGAUCGUAACUUGUACGUUAAAUACGCCUUUGAAGCAGUCGGUUCAAGUUCGUUUUCCGAGCAUGAUGGGGUAUUUAGGCUUUUAUCAUAUGACUCGGGAGCUAAAUCGUGCACUUGGGGAUUAGCCAAUGUAAGGGUAAACAGGGAAAAUUCGGGAAAAGGCAGACCACUUAGCAAGAAACAGAAAGAGUGGCGACUCGAAACUCCCUUGGAUUCGUUACGGUUAGUUAGGUUGUAUUCCGAGAUAUGAAAUUAUGGGCUAUCGGUUAACGGAUUAUAGGCCUUUUUUGCGUAGUCUGUGUAGCUACAAACAUAUAUAUAAUGUUAAUAUUUCUGCUAUGUUUCUACAUUAUUAUGAUGAAUGCUCAUUUGUUAGAGUCCUGUAGAACUUCUUGUUUUCUCAUUUUUUCGUUAGUUCCUGCUUUGUGUAGCUUUGAAGGUGUUUGGGC